AUGUAUCUCCUUGUUAGGAGUCAUAAGGCUCUCCACGUGGUCAGCUGGGUAAUUUUCCACCGUACCCCAAAACGUAGUUGGAAGUCGAGCGCAUGGCGAUACUUCUCCGGAGACCACUCUAGCCAGCGCAUUACCAAACUCCAUACCAGGAAACCACGCAUAGAUGACUGCAUCAACAAUCGAUCGCUCGAAGAGAUUUCCGAGGUGUUCGGGAAGUACUCUGAGGAUGCACCCGAGAAGAAGUUUGAGGCGACUGACAUUGAGUGUAUUGAGCAUCAGAGGAAGGAGAAGGAGUAA